AGAGAUUUUUCAAGUACUUGUGUAUAGCUGCUAAAGUCCCCAGUGUUAUUGAUUUAGCUAUGCAGUCAUUAAAAGAUGGAAAGUGCGUGGUGAUUGGUCUACAGUCAACUGGUGAAGCAAGAACUUUAGAACAAUUAGGACAGUCUCACGGUGAACUGGAUGGCUUUGUAUCAACUGCAAAAGGUGUGCUGGAGUCGCUCAUCAAAAGACACUUCCCAACACCAACUGGUGGAAAUGACUGGUCUGUCUUUGAGAAUGAUUCCACUCUUCCUCGUAACUGCAGGAAAAGGAAACGAGGUAUUGAUCCUCUAAAU